AUGCCAGCCACAGGCACUGCGAUGAGCUCACCGCUCCGAAACAACCUGCUGGAGAAGCUGUCGGCGUAUCAGGCAGCCUCGUCAAGCUCAAAUGUCCCUCCUCGAACAUCAUCCACGGGCGAAGAAAGCGAUGCCGAGCUCGCUCUUAGGCUGAUUCUCGAGUCUGGGCGCUACUCAUCCGACGAGGCUGUAGAAGGCGCAGUCAACGAGUACAUCGGCGGCAAGCCCCUUGCGUACAUCACCAACCUACACCCCUUCGGAGACCUGACCCUCGUCGUCCGGCCCCCGGUCUAUAUCCCUCGCGUCGAAACAGAACAAUGGGUCCUCCUCCUCGCCUCCUCCAUCCUAUCUUCCCUUCCCGCAUCACAUCGACCUAUCCGCAUCCUGGACAUUUGCUCCGGAAGCGGCUGCAUCCCCCUCCUCCUCGCCUCGCAAGGCAAAGGGCGGAUCCACGUCAUUGGCGUAGACGUGGAUGAUCGUGCACUCGCAGUAGCGCGGGAGAACGCGGAGCGGAAUAAUCUGGCGGAUGUGGCGAGCUUUGACAAGCUGGAUUUGUUUGAGGAUGCGGAUGUGGAGGCGCUGAGGGAGAGGUUAGGGGGGUUCGAUAUGGUUGUGAGCAAUCCACCGUAUGUCAGCUCGGAGGAUCUGAAGACGGUAGAGGGGAAAUGGCAUGAGGGGAAGUUUGCGCUACAAGGAAAGCUGAAGGGCGCUUCGGCUACGAACGAUUCGACUACAGCAGACAAUGACGAUGGCUACUCCUUCUAUCGUCGCAUCCGAUCAGUAUACGCCGACUUCCUCCUCGCUGAUCGGCCAAAGGAGAUACCCAAGCUGGUACUCGAAGUAGGAUCAAAGCAGUCGGGGCCGGUGCAGGAUAUGUACAAAGGAGAGGGCAGGAUAGAGGUGUAUAAGGAAACGGAGAGGAGGAGAGAUAUUGGCGCACCAAAGCUGGAAGUGGGGGAUAUGGUGGGCACGGAGCGGAGCUUGUGGAUCUACCAGUCAUAG